UUAUAACUAUGAAAAAAUCGAGUUGAUUCGAGGUAUUUUCCUAUUUCAAAUCAAUGAAUCCCCCUGUUAAAUCCUCAUAACAGCGCUGUUGUGUGCCCACUGCCAGUGCUGUAAAAUACCGCAAGAGAAUCACAUUUCGGUAUUCAUCAGAGAAAAGGACAAGGGUUCCUUGUGCGCUGGAGGAUAGCUUUUACAAGCAAUCAGGAAAAUCCACAUAUGAUGACAAGUCCGUCGCGAGAUAUAAACGAUCUUUUUGACGAAAUUGUCCUGACCGAGGAGAAGGAAGCACGUUUGGGCUACGAGGAGGGACUGAAAGACGGCCAGGAGCAGGGCAACGAAGAAGGCUACAAAUUGGGUUACGCCCAGGGAGUCUCACUCGGCGAGGAGCUUGGCAAGAUUCUGGGCCAGGUUGUGGCUCAGCAGCAACUAAAACACACGGACAAGGUGCGCCGCAGUUUGGAGCAGCUGCGCUCGCUCAUCGAGGAGUUUCCGCGCACCAACGAUCCGCAGGCGGACAUAAUUGGUGCAGUGCAGGACAUUCGAUCCUCCCAUCGUCGCCUACGUGCCUUGCUUGGAUCCAAAAAAACACCUGGUGCAGCGCCUCCAGAAACAAAUUCUGUCGAUCAUAAAGACUACAGCUUUUAGGAACAUGUCGAAAGUGGGAAUCGCGCAGUUGCAGAGGCGUCUUGAUACUUUACUGGCAUUCCUCAAUCCUCACUGGGAUUUUGUCAACUGCCACAUGGUAAACUA